ACCCCAGCAGGCUUUCCCACUCCAUCCAUGUGACUCCCUCAGGGGAGGGGACCGUGCAGGGCGGGUCUGCAGAGCAGGAAUACAUCACUCUGGCCUCUGCACCCCUCCCUCUCUCUGUCCAUUGGGAGGCAGAAGACAGGAAAUGACUGCCAGGGAUGUGGUAUGAUUUUUACUGAAACAGCAGCGUUGUGUGGCUCUGGCCGCAUGCUGUCCACAGCUGUUUUCCUCUCCUGCGGGCCAGGUGGCCGCCUCUCCUCUCCCCUUGUCUGCUCUGCCGUGUUCUCCUCCCAGCCCUUCACAUGACUCCAGCUUUUGGAUUCCCUGCUCCUGGCUGCUGUCCACAUUCCACUCGUCUUUCAGAACCCAGGCGUCCUGGCCUCCAGUUCAAACCGCUGCGUGUGCUUCCCCCACCCCGGCCCCAUGACUCAGGCCUUCUGAAGGGACCAGCCCUCUUCUUGGCACUUGCAGGGGAGAGAGAGAGGGGUGGGGGCUAGUUGGUGACAUCAUAAUUGAAGGGUUUAAAAGCUUUAGCCAAAACGGAGUUGAAGACCCAGCCUGACAGCGAGCCCUUGAUCCUGGUGACCCUUCGACAUCCCACAGACGUCCACUGGCAGAUUGCAGCUGCGUCAAGGCGAAUGCACUGACGCCAUGCUGGGCUCGCCCUGCUUUCUGUGGCUUCUCAUCAUGACCUUCCUGGUUCCCAGAGCUCAGUUCUUGGCCUCUCAAGACUCUGAAGAGGAGGGAGACGAUCAGCCGUCUUUGCCACCCUCACGGGCUGUCUACUGCGACUAUGACCGCUGCCGCCACCUGCAGGUGCCUUGCCAGGAGCUGCAGAAGGCCGAGCCGGUGCCCUGUCUGUGCCCUGGGCUCUCCAGCCCCGACCAGCAGCCCGAGCAGCCGCGCCUGGGAGAAGUGCACGUUGUGGCUGAGGAGGGCCGUGCCCUGGUCCACUGGUGUGCCCCAUCCUCCCCGGUCCUCCAGUACUGGCUGCUGCUUUGGGAAGGCAGCGGGGAUCCGUGGAGGGGACCCAGCCUCAACGCCACGGUCCGCAGAGCAGAACUGGAAGGACUGAAGCCCGGGGCCACUUACACUGUUUGUGUGGUGGCAUCUAACAAGGCCGGGGAGAGCCUCAUACCCCGGGAAGGCGGGGAGGAGUCUGAACAAGUGGCCGUCCCUGCCUUCGGGCCCUGCGGCCGGAUCACCGUGCCACCUAGACCUGCUACCCUGGUCCACGUGGCCCUGGGGGUGGGCACGGCCCUGGCCCUGCUGAGCUGUUUCGCACUGGUCUGGCAUUUCUGCUUGCGUGACCGUUGGGGCUGCCCGCGCCGGGCGGCCCGAGCCUCAGGGGCUCUGUGAGUGAGGGGUCAGCGGAUGGCUCCACACAGCCCAGAGCUUCCUGGAACACCGACCGCACCCUGGAGGAGUCGUGGCUCCACGCCCGGGCGCCUGGGAUACAUCUGUCUCAGUUCUCUGGGCCGGGAUCUUGUUUAGGUCCUGGCUUGUGACUCUGCAGCUGGCGCGAGUUAGGAAGGAGUAGAAGAGAAUCUGCAGAUUUUUUCUUAAAGGAUCAGAUAAUGAGUGCUCUUCAGGGGCGAGUGUUUGGCCCUGAGUUAUUAAGACUCAGGACACUGGCGUCCCAUAUCCCAAGCACCUGGUUCUGGCUAUGCCCUGCUUACCAUCCAGCUUCCUGCCACUGCACCUGGGAGGCAGCAGGUGAUGGCACCAGUGCUGGGGAGACUGGGAUGUAGUUCCAGGCUCCUGACUUUGGCCUGGCCCAGUCCUGGCUGUUGCCGGUGUUUGGUGAGCAAACUAAUAGAAGGUUCUCUGUCCUCCUCUUUCUUUGUUGCUCUGGCUUUCAAGCAGAUGAAAAUAAGCAUUUAAAAUAUUCAUUUUAAAAAUGUGAAAACUUUUUUUUUUUUUUUUUUUUUUGACAGGCAGAGUGGACAGUGAGAGAGAGAGACAGAGAGAAAGGUCUUCCUUUGCCUUGCCGUUGGUUCACCCUCCAAUGGCCGCCGCGGCCGGCGCGCUGCGGCCGGCGCACCGCGCUGAUCCGAUGGCAGGAGCCAGGAGCCAGGUGUUUUUCCUGGUCUCCCAUGGGGUGCAGGGCCCAAGCACCUGGGCCAUCCUCCACUGCACGCCCUGGCCACAGCAGAGGGCUGGCCUGGAAGAGGGGCAACCGGGACAGAAUCUGGCGCCCCGACCGGGACUAGAACCCGGUGUGCCGGCGCCGCUAGGCGGAGGAUUAGCCUAGUGAGCCGCGGCGCCGGCCGUGAAAACUAUUCUAAGCUCAUGGACCUUACACAUAAGACACAGUCCUGUAGCGAGAAGGACCCUGCCAUCACCCUGCGACGGGCCCUGCCACUCUGUGUGGCUUCAGUGGAAUUUUGAGAAUAAGCUGCUGCGUCUCAAAAGAAGAUGUAUAUGAGUUUGGGGCCAGCACCAGAAACAAUCCCCUUCUUCCAUUAUCUUUUAUUUGAGCACUGAUCAGAGGCCAUGGGUCUCUGAGAAGGGCAGAAAAAAUGGCUCACGUGGGGUGGAGAAGAGAGGGGAAGCCCACGAUACUCUCUAGCACAGGUCAGCUGUGUUCCUGUGCUUAAAACAAAAAGUGAGGGCCAGCGUUGUGCAGCAGUGAGCAAAGCCUCUGCCUGCAACACCUGCACCCCAUACGGUUGCUGGUUCAAGUCCCAGCUGCUCUGCUUCCAAACCAGCUCCCUGCUAAUGCACCUGGGAAAGUGGCCCCUGCCCAACCCACUUGGGAGAUGCAGAAGAAUCCCCUGGAUCCUGGCUUCAGCCAGUGGACCAGCCUCAGCUGUUGCGGCCUUUUAGGGAGUGAACCAACAGAUGGAAAAAUCUCUGUCUUUUCCUCUCUCUCUGUUGCUCUGCCUUUCAAAUACAUAAAUUUUUUUUUAAAAACUGUAACAUUAAAGAAUUUCUCUCCCCCAUUUGUAUGUAAUGUAUAUCUACUAGUAACAACAUUAAAAGAAAUUUAGAAGGAAGAUA